CCAAAACUUAAAUAUUGAGUUGGAUAGGUCGAUUGACACGUCCCGAGUGCUCCGCUUCUGGCCCAGCCCUAGUUUCAUAUCUGGGGUUCCUGCUCCUCUGCAAAGGAAACAAAGUUGCUUCAUCGCUUCCAUCGCCUCUGCUCCAAUUCAUCACUCUAUCUAAUCCAAUCUCGUCGUUUUGGCGACUGAUAUUCCGCCAUUACUACAUAAAUUCCUACACACAAAAGAACCCGCAGGUUUUGUUCCUCGUACAAGGAUGGGCAGACAGAAGGGAGAAGCAGCUAGAAGCAAAGCUCGUCCUUCUAGCAGCAGUUUAGCUGCUUCGCUGCUACCCUCGGGUGCUACUGCGGUUGGAUUUGGCGGUUAUGUCGGCACUUCACGUCUUGAUACUUCUGUACCAACAACCCAAGACGCUGCUUCUCCUUUCUGGGACAUUGAUGGUGAAUUGGCACAACAUUUGAAGAGGCUUUCCAGAAAAGAUCCAACCACAAAGCUGAAGGCUUUGACGAUUUUGUCAACACUGCUUAAGCAAAAAUCUGCAAAGGAGGUGUCACCAAUUAUUCCACAAUGGGCAUUUGAAUACAAGAAGCUGUUGCUGGACUACAACAGAGAGGUUCGCCGAGCUUCUCAUGAUACCAUGGCUAAUCUCGUCAGCGCUGUUGGGAGAGAUUUGGCUCCACAUUUGAAGUCUUUGAUGGGGCCUUGGUGGUUUUCUCAGUUUGACGCAGUUAAUGAAGUUUCCCAAGCUGCAAAAAGAUCAUUUCAGGCUGCUUUUCCUGCACAAGAUAAAAGAUUGGAUGCUCUAAUGUUAUGUACAGAUGAGGUGUUUAUGUAUUUAGAAGAGAACUUAAAACUCACUCCACAAAGUUUGUCUGAUAAGGCAGUUGCUUUGGAUGAACUACAAGAGAUGCAUCAGCAGGUUAUUUCAUCAUCCUUGCUAGCAUUGGCUACACUACUUGAUGUCCUGACAAGCGAAAAGCAUGGUCCGAAGAACUCAAGUUCUGAACUAAAACAUGCUCUUAAAGCACGAUCCACUGCUAUAUCUCAUGCAGAGAAGUUGCUUUCAGUUCAUAAAUGUUUUCUGGAUUUUCUUAAAUCUCAAAGUUCUGUUACCCGAUCUGCUGCAUAUUCACUUGUUACAAGUUGUGUAAAAAACAUUCCUCAUGCUCUGAAUGAAGCGAACAUCAAAACUCUUACACCUGCAAUACUUGGUGCAUUUCAAGAAACGGAUCCCACUUGCCAUUCUUCUAUGUGGGAAGCAAUAUUAUUGUUUUCAAGGAGAUUUCCAGAGAGUUGGACUACUUUGAAUGUUCACAAAACCUUGUUUAAUCGGUUUUGGAACUUCUUAAGGAACGGGUGCUUCGGAUCUCAACAAGUAUCUUACCCAGCUUUGGUUUUGUUCUUAGACUGUGUGCCUCCCAAAGCGAUAACAAUGGAUAAAUUCUUCCUGGAAUUUUUCCAGAAUCUUUGGGCUGGAAAAGUUCAUUCCCAGUCCUCAAAUGCUGAUCAAUUAGUUUUUUUCCAGUCAUACCGAGAAUGUUUUCUCUGGGCAUUACAAAAUGCUAAAAGAUAUUGUGAUGGAGUAGAAUCUAUUAACCAUUUCCGGCGUACUAUUGUUGAUGAGGUGUUACUGAAAUUAUUGUGGCAUGACUACCUCAUGGUUCCAAGCUUUGUGAGCAAUGACCGAACAGUUACUGGGCAGUUGAAGAGUAUAUCAGCGUCAGAAGUGAGCAUUCAACCUUCUGAGGAGAACAUGAAAAAGCUUGACAGCAAGUACCCAAUUGGCCAUGUGCGAGAGUUUGGAAAAUGCAUUACUGAGAUCCUUUCGGGCAUAUUUUCCCUGGAACCUAACUUGUUAUCAGCUUUUUGCUUAACAUUCGUAGAGAAUUGCCUAGAUGCCUUUCAGCAAACUGACAAUGUUGAAAGCUGCGAGAAUAUAGAGAAAAUCAUCGGAUUUUUGUUGUUAGUGGACCUGCAUGCUGUGCGGAAAGGUGACUCGUGGCCUCUAUCUUAUUUGGUGGGUCCAAUGUUGUCGAAGUCUUUCCAGCUAAUACAAACUAUAGACUCAUCAAAUGCUGUGAAAUUUAUGGUGGUUGUGGUCUUUACAUUUGGACCACGCAAGGUCGUUCAAGAAAUUGUGCGGGAACAAAAUGAGCCAAUCUGUCAAUCAGAAGAAAAGAACACAGAUCUGAGUUUGAAGCAUUUUUUGCAAUAUUUUAAGGAGAUCAUUGUUCCUUGGUGCUUGCAAAUAGGUAGCUGCUCCACCUUGGCCCGAUUGGAUCUUUUGCUUGCAUUACUAGAUGACGAGUGCUUUUCUGAGCAAUGGGAUAGCGUUAUCUUACAUGCAACUGUUACCUACGAUUCCAAUAAUGCUCUCAUAUUGGCACGUCUCAUGGAGAAAACAAGAGAGGAAAUUAUAAAGAGGACAGUGGCUGGAAAUUUAAACCACGUACAGGGUGCAAUCCCCAAACACUGGCAUCAUGAGCUUCUAGAUUCUACGGCUCUUUUGAUUGCUCGCUCUCUUCCUCCCUUCGGAUCUUCCAAUGCCCAGUUUAUCUGUGCUGCUCUUGGAGGUAUAAUGGAAGAAGAUAAAAUUUGCUUGGUGAGCGAGGAAACAUCCAUCUUGAUUUUUGAGGAGAUCUUCCAAAAGUUACAAGCUUUCAUGGGGAAUUCGAACUUUAUUUGGGUCAGGGAUGCUAAUGCGUUGUUAAAUGCUGAGGAACAUGUAGCCGUCCAGGGAUGUGGAUCUUCGACGAGUGUGCUUGAAAUGGCUACUUUUGCCUUGGAAGUGCUUAAUGGUAGCCUCUUUAGAUUAAAGACUCUUACUAAGAGCUCUGGCUUGCUUCCAGGUGUGUUGGCUGCACUAUUCGUGAUUGACUGGGAACAUAGAACGUCAGCGGUUUUCUAUGACGGACUUGAUAAUGAGGCAUACGCAAAAGUCAUGGAUCGGUUCAGUUUUUGUAAAUAUGUGCAUGCUUUUCGCUGCAAGAUGGAUGAUAAUUUUUUUAGAACUCUCAGUCUAGAUUGUCGAAGAACAUUGGGCAGUACUCUGGUUCAAGCUGUUCGGUGUGCUCUAUUCAACGAAGAUAAGUUAGACGUUGAUCAAGUCACGUCUCUGGGCUGCUUUUAUGUCCUGGAUGUUCUGGAUAGUCUUUGUCAAGGUGAAGUUGAGGAACAAACAUUAUUAGACGAGCUUCUAAAGAACGGUGAUUCAUGGCCUUUAUGGAUAAUGCCUGAUAUCAAUGGUGGACAAACAUCAGUUACUUUGGAGAUUGAGAUAACUUCUUCCAAGUUCUAUCUGCAGGCAUCUGUGAGUCACCGAAUGGCUGCUUUUGUUGACAAGCUUAUAUCCAAACUUGGUAUUGCUAGGAUUAUUGCAGGUUCUGUAUUGUGCAAGCCAUCUUCCACUGAGGAGCCAGCGGAAGAAGUGAUGACAUCUGAUUCUCAUUAUUCUCGUGCUUGGCUUGCGGCAGAGAUGUUAUGCACAUGGAAGUGGCAAGGUGGGAGUGCCUUAAGCUCAUUUUUACCUUCAUUGAUUCAAUACACAAGGAAUCAAGAUUCUUUUCCUAGUGACAACUUGUUAGAUUCAGUUGUCGAAAUCCUGCUUGAUGGUGCUCUUGUCCAAGGAGCAAGUAGUCAAAUGAGUUUAUCUAUUAUAUAUCCUCCCCCAUAUGAUGAAUUGGAGAAUGUUGAACAAGUGUUUGUGAGAGCUCUUGUGUUGGUACUUGAUACCCUUUUCAAGGAUAGUAUUUGGGGAAGAGACAAAGCUUUGGGGCUUUUUAAUCUUCUUGUAGAUAGGCUUUUUGUAGGUGAAACCAUAAACUCAAAUUGUUUGAAGAUACUUCCCUUGGUUAUGAGUGUUCUUAUUGGACCACUGAGUUCUCAAGCAGGUGAAUUAGCAAAUGCGAAACCUGAGUCCUCGGAGGGAAAUCAAAUACAUGAUAUCAUCGAGGGUUGGCUCCAGAGGACUCUGUCUUUUCCACCAUUGAACACUUGGUAUUCCGGAGAAGAUAUGGAAGAUUGGUUUCAGCUUGUGUUGUCAUGCUAUCCCCUAAGAGCAACAAAAGAAAUGCAACAGUUUAGACCACAGAGAUGCAUCAGCCAUGUGGAACAAGGUCUCCUGCUUGAGUUACUUCGGAAGCAGCGGCUUGGUUCUGCUACUUCCACCACAGUUAAUAAGCUACCGCUUGUGCAGAUGUUGUUAUCAAAGUUAGCUGUUGUUGUAGUUGGAUACUGUUGGAUUGAGUUUAGCCAAGAGGAUUGGGAAUUUAUCUUGUAUAAAUCAAGAUGGUAUAUUGAAUCUGUGGUUGUAUUGAUGGAGGAGGUAGCAGAGUCUGUGAAUGGUUCCACUUCAGGUAUAGUGGAGAAUCUCCAGCAUACAGUCUCGGCUUUAGAUUCCUCUUGUUUAAAACUUGCAAGAAACGCUCUUAUUGCCUUUUCUAUGUUCUGCGGGUUCAUUGGACAACAAAUCGUCGAAAAGGAAAACGAUCUAAAUCCCUUAAGACCCGACAAGUGGGACCUUAUUAAAGAUAGGAUUCUGGAAGGUAUUCUUCGCUUGUUCUUUUCAACUGGUGCAGCUGAAGCCAUUGCUGGUUCAUAUUCUUCCAUGGCUUCCUCAGUUAUAGCAUCAAGCCGGUUUGAUGACUGUUACUUCUGGGAGUUAGUUGCUUUAAGUGUUAUUGAAUCAUCUUCUCAUGCUAGGGAACGGGCUAUAAAAUCUUUCGAAAUUUGGGGGCUAAGCAAAGAUGCUGUUAGCUCCUUAUAUGCUAUUCUAUUUUCUUCGAAGCCAGUUCCAUAUCUGCAGUAUGCUGCUUAUGUGAUUCUUUCAAGUGAACCUGUUGCAGACUCGGCUUUUUUUACUGAAGAUACAUCCUCUUCCCUGGACGAAGAUGAUAAAGAUCCUCUUGAUUUGUCUUUAGGAGCUAAUAAGACUCAGCUGAGGGAGGAGAUUUCCAUCUUUCUUGAAAAAUCACCAUUUGAGAUUCUUGAAUUGGAUUUAGUAUCCCCAGAGAGAGUGCAUGUGUUUCUUGCUUGGUCGUUGUUGAUAUCACGUGUACUCUCAUCGCCAUCAUCAUCUCCCACUCGGGAAAAGUUGAUUCAACUCGUUCAACACACCUCCAGUUCAUCCAUAUUGGAUUGCAUAUUCCAACAUGUACCACUGGAAUUAUGCUCUACAAGCGUAAAGAAGAAAGGUUGUGAACUUCCUGCUGGUAUGUUGGAGGUUGCAGCAGCAGCUACUCGUGCCAUCACAGACAAUUCGGUGGUGUAUGCUGUAGAAUCACUUUGGCCUCUUGGACCAGAUUCGGUGGCAUGUUUUGCGGGUGCAAUAUAUGGAUUAAUGCUACGAACUCUUCCUGCUUAUGUUAGGGGCUGGUUUAAUGAUAUACGUGAUCGUGCUACAUCUUCUGCGAUAGAGUCCUUCACUAGAACAUGGUGCAGCCCUCCUCUAAUUACAAAUGAACUGUCUCAGAUAAAAAAAGCCAAUCUUUCUGAUGAGAAUUUUUCAGUUAGUGUGAGUAAGUCUGCGAAUGAGGUUGUUGCAACGUAUACAAAAGAUGAAACAGGAAUGGACUUGGUAAUUCGUCUCCCUGCAUCUUAUUCAUUGCGACCGGUGGAUGUGGAUUGUACAAGGAGCCUUGGCAUUAGUGAAGUUAAGCAAAGGAAAUGGUUACUUUCUAUGAUGUCAUUUGUUCGAGAUCAAAAUGGAGCAUUAGCAGAAGCAAUUCGAAUAUGGAAAAGCAAUUUUGACAAGGAAUUUGAUGGAGUUGAAGAAUGCCCAAUUUGUUACAGUGUAAUUCACACUGCAAACCAUAGUCUCCCACGGCUUGCUUGUAGGACCUGCAAACACAAGUUUCAUUCUGCAUGCUUGUAUAAGUGGUUCUCAACUUCUCACAAAUCUAACUGCCCAUUAUGCCAGUCUCCCUUCUGAUCAUUUUAUAUGCAUCCAAGGUUAGCAGCAGAAUCUCCAGAUAUACUUGUUAACAAAAUAGGAAGUGAUGUAAUUAUUAAGUUGUGUUAUUGAGAAGUCAUGAAUUUUGAAAGCAGCUUUUAUAGAUUUUUUGUAUAUGUAUGUAGUCAGUCUCAGUGAAACUGACCUUCAUACCGUAUAUUUAUGCUCUUUUGUUUGUGAGUAAAUUAAUGCUUUUGAUAUUCUUUC